AUGGUGUUGGUGUCGGUGUUGAUGAUGGUAACAAUGGGAAUCGGAGCCAAUUCGAAAGCGACAGAUCCAAGUAUCCGGCGAAAAAUUGUCCCUCCGACGCCGAAAUUUCAAGGCACAUUCGGCGAAAGCCACCAGCAUCAGACCAUCGCGAAUCGUGUAAGAUCUUGGAGAAGAACGGACAAAGAGAACGUUUGGGAACUGAGCGGCUUGUACGAAGGAGAUAUGAUGCUCGACGAGGAGGAGAAGGAGCAGCAGGAUGGUGCUGGAAAGAAUGGAUUAUCGAAUACGAUGUUUCGUUGGUCGGGUGGGCUUGUACCUUAUUACAUAAAGGAGGAGGAUUUUGAUGAGGAGGACGUCGAAUUAAUCGAAGGUGCUAUAAAGGAGUAUCACAAGAAUACGUGUAUACGAUUUCGUCCUUAUCGGAAAACCGAUAAGGAUUACAUCACUAUAGAAGGAAAAUCGUCAGGCUGUUGGUCCCUAGUUGGUAGACACGAUCAUGGACAAGUAGUGAAUUUGCAGAACCCAGGGUGCGUACACCAUGGUGUGAUUGUGCAUGAGCUUAUGCACGCGUUAGGCUUUUAUCAUCAACAAAGUGCCGCGGAUCGCGACCAAUGGGUUACGAUCAAUUGGGAAAACGUAAAGUCAGGCAAGGAGCACAACUUUAACAAGUACGACAAUCAGACGGUCACAGACUAUGGAAUCGGUUACGAUUACACCAGCGUAAUGCAUUACAGUUCGCAUGCGUUUUCAAGAAACGGCGAACCAACUAUUACGCCGAAAAAGGAAAAGGUGAAACUUGGCCAACGAAAAGGACUCAGUGGAAAGGAUAUGCUAAAGUUGCAAGAAAUGUAUAAAACGGAAUGUCACGACCGAGAAGUCCAGGGAAACGUGGAUAGCAACGAUUCAUCGGACGAUGUGUCCAUCGAUUGGAUAUAUUUAAUUUAG